CCUCACCGGCCGAUCCACAUCCGCAAUGCACCCCCUAUUGCAUACGAAGGACAAUGCGGGCUGCGAGCAGGUGAUGCUUGCGCUCGAAGAGUGCCACGCCAAAGGCUUCCUGUGGAAGGCAGCCGGCAUGUGCAAUGAUGCCAAGCAGCAACUCAUCAAUUGCCUGCGGGAGGAGAGGGCGAAGAACCAGGAUUUGAACCGAGGCAGCGUCCAAGACAAGCGGGCAAGGAUACGGCAGAAGUGGAAGGAAAUCGACGAGAACUCCUAGGCAAAGCCGACAUCGCUGCCCUGCCCCGACCAAACCUCGGCCGGCUAUACCUCGCUGCGGACUACACGAAGGGACCGUCGAUUCCUCGAUAUUCGUCCUCGGCAUGAUUGCAGCGUAAGGGGCUGGGGGGGCAUCAUGGCAUCACAAGAGCCGGAACACUGCGGGGCAAAUGGCAAUACUGGCAAAUGGCAAUACGACCGACAAUCCGCCAUCAUGUACAACAUGGCUGUAGGAGCUGCGUGUCACCUCUUGGUUGUACAUUAUUAUAUUUUGUAGUUAUCGCUUUGGCUCGUGUGCCCGGUCCUUGCCCUCACAGAGCGCGACGGAACGCAUUCCCAAAGGUAACCAGCCCGUACGCGGCGAGCAGCGACAGCACGAUGGGCACCGGCUUCCGGAGCCGGAUCGCGCGGGGGAACGCCGACCCGCCCAGCACGACGGAG